AAAGAUCUUUUGCUUUGCUUGUCUUCAAGUUCAUGGGCAACACGCAGAGAACAGACCUCCGCCGAGCCCUAUCACUCUGAACUCAAAAUAAUCAUCUUCCUCCUUUCACAUUCCCAAAUUCUUCUUCUUCACAUUUCUCUUUCUUCCCAAAUUUUACAAUUACACCAAAUCCUAAUCCUCCGGGACAAAGCAAAAGAAAAGUUCUCUCCUUUUUGGGAAUCUUUUCUUCACUUCUCCCUGAAACAAACAUAAAAAUCCAAUCUUUGCAUGCUCUUAAGACUCUGAAAUGCAAUCAUCACAUCGGAUUUUGUCUCGCCUCCUUCAUUCACCAGGAAAAGGUUAUUACAGCAGAGCCAGUGGUGUCGGCGGCUCACUUCACGUUUUCUCGUUAUCCGACGAGAAACACGAUGGGUUUUGUGUAGAUACUCAUCGGAGUUUUAGCUCUCUUAUCCGUUCCAAUCCUCAGUUAAGAGGGUUUCUCUCCACCAAUUGUUCAAACAAAGGUCUUGGUGUGCGAUGUUCUGUUUCUCUCGAUAGGGAUACUCCUUUGAUUGAUUCUUACUCCUCCCACCGUGGUUUCUUCACUCGGGCAAAACAAGUGAAGAGAAUUGAGAUCAAUGAUCAACACAGUCAAAGAGCUGUUACUACUGCACUAUGGUGCAACUUCCUCGUAUUUUCCCUCAAGUUUGGGGUUUGGUGGACAAGUUCUAGCCAUGUCAUAAUGGCUGAAGUAGUUCACUCCGUUGCUGAUUUUGCUAACCAGGCACUUCUUGCUUAUGGGCUCAGUAGCUCAAGGCGUGCGCCAGAUGCUCUUCACCCCUAUGGCUACUCAAAAGAAAGAUUUGUAUGGUCCUUGAUAUCGGCUGUUGGCAUCUUUUGCCUUGGGUCUGGUGCUACCAUAGUCAAUGGAGUGCAGAACUUGUGGACUUCUUCGCCACCUCCGAAUAUGGAAUAUGCUGCUUUGGUAAUUGGUGGUUCUUUUCUAAUUGAAGGCGCUUCGCUUCUCGUUGCAAUUCAAUCUGUUAAAAAAGGAGCUGCACAAGAAGGCAUGACCAUAAGAGAUUAUAUAUGGCGUGGCCAUGAUCCUACUUCUGUUGCUGUUAUGACUGAGGAUGGCGCUGCUGUGGCAGGUUUGGCAAUUGCAGCCGCAUCUCUUGUUGCUGUUAGGAUGACUGGAAAUCCUAUUUAUGAUCCUAUAGGAUCAAUUGUAGUUGGUAAUUUACUUGGAAUGGUCGCUAUAUUUCUCAUUCAACGAAAUCGACAUGCCUUGAUUGGAAGAGCAAUGGAUGAUCAAGACAUGAGUAAAGUUCUUAAGUUUUUAAAGAAUGACUCGGUUGUAGAUUCUUUAUAUGAUUGCAAAAGUGAAGUGAUUGGUCCUGGGUCCUUCAGAUUUAAAGCUGAAAUUGAUUUCAACGGACAGAUGGUUGUCCAAAACUAUCUGAAGAGAACUGGUCGUGAAGAGUGGGCAAAACUGUUUCGUGAGGCUGCAAAGAAAGGAGAUGAUUCUGCAAUGCUUAAGAUUAUGGCAAACUAUGGUGAGGAAGUUGUCACGGCUUUAGGGAGCGAAGUAGACCGGUUAGAGAAAGAGAUCCAAGAGCUUGUCCCUGGAAUCCAGCAUGUUGACAUUGAAGCACACAAUCCCACUGACCCAUCUCUAUGAUCUGGAAAAGCUUGCUUUAUUCAAGGUUGAAUUAUCCAUACAUUUUGAUGGCCUCAAGAACUGGAAGCCACACGUAUGGUUGAAGUAAAAGCUUGCCCUGCCUCUUAUAGAAAUAGAAGAGUGUUAUUUCAGGUAGGUGAUUGGGCGAAACGUGCAGAUGGAUUCUUUAUCUUGUUUCUGGUGUAGACGACUUAGAAGUCUGAUGUUAACUCUAGAAUCUAUGCACACCAAAAAAAAAGCUUGUUACUUGUAGAAACAUGAGAUGUUAUUCAGAUCGAUAUUAUUUAUAUAUGUACACAAAAUAGUGUUUUCGCA